UCGGCCUUAUAACGAAUCCAGUGCCGAGUUUGUUUUUAGCCACAACUUUGGAAGGUUUCUUUUUAAUAUAUGGUACAUUCCCCAUAAAAAAUUACGUGAAAUGCCUCGAAGACGUGCAGCAGCUUCGAAUUUAUUAGCUAAGCAAUUGGGUCAUACGGAAAAUUUUCAAGAGUCUAAGCAAACUGAAGGAGAAGAUGGUCCUGCUCUAAAGCAAUCAAUCAAGGGUCGCGGUAGAGGUAGACCGAGACAUCCUCGUCCUGAUGUACUGGUUCCUGCAGAGGAAACUAGGAUGCCAGAUUCAAGUAGGUCUUUGGAUUCGAGAGAUGCAACUGACGAUGAGUAUCGGCCAACCGGAAGUGCGUCGGGUGAAGAAACUGAUCUAAAGGAAAGGAAAAAGGUUACCCGUCAUAAGGAUGGCAGCAAGUCUAACGUGACGUGUGAAAUCUGCGGAAAAUUUUUCAAGUUUCGAGCCACUCUGAAGCAGCAUGAACAGAUUCACUAUGGAAUCAAAGAAUUCGAAUGUCACGUAUGCCACACACGGUUUCUGCACAAGGGAACACUGAAGGUGCACCUUCGAUUGCAUACUGGAGAAAUGCCGUACAAGUGUCCGCACUGCCCGAAGCGUUUUCGCGGGCAGACUGCCUUAGAUUGUCACGUGUUUAGGCAUACUAAACAGGGAACUAAAUGUCCCCAGUGUUCGUCGAUUUUUGCUACACCUUCUAUUGUAAAGCAGCACAUUCGAGAGGUUCACACGACAGAACGGUCACAUACGUGCCAAAUCUGCGGUGUAACAUAUAAGCAUCGCAAAAGUCUGCGAUUGCACCUGCGUAACCACCAGAAACGAAUCUGUCCGGAUUGCGGCAAGGUUUUUCACAGUAUAUAUGCGAUGAUGACUCACCGGAAGAUUCACGCACAGGAUCACUUCCAGUUUAAGUGUACCUAUUGUGAUCGAAAGUUUGAAAAGGAUGAGGAAUUGCAGUCCCACAACAAACUUAGAUGGAGAGCUUACCAGUGCGAAAUGUGCUGCCACAGUUUUAACAAGGCUGAAUAUCUAACGAACCACAAUCGACGGAACCACUGGAAGGAAAUGGGCCUGGAACAGUUGAAGGUUGCGCCUCCGAAGAACGGAUGGAACAGAAAAGGUGUACCGAAGCCGAAAAAAGUCGAAGGACAGAAAAUUCAUUCUUCAGCUGAGAUUACUGAAAGUAUGGUAUAUGAUAGACCUCCAGAGACACAACAGGCGAUUUAUAAUUCUAUGGAAAACAAUCAAUCGAUGAGCGUACCUAUGAUGCAGUCUAUGGAAUCUUUCGGUACAGAAUCUUAUCACACUGAAAUCGCCGAACCAGGCGUACUCGAAAGGUCAUCAACCAUAACAACAAUUACAACAGAAAUAAGACCAAUUAGUCCAAAGUAUCCAGCAGACAUAAAAUCAUGUGACGAGUUUCCAGGUAAUGACGGAAUAGUUGAAACGUUAGAAGAACAAGAGUCUGAUUUCGAAUAUGAAUGCGCUGCGAACGAUGAUGUCGGAGUAGCUGAAGAAUCAGACUCAGACCAAAGUUUAAUCGGCCGGAUUAAAGUCGAAGAAAGCACACUACCGGAGGCGUCGGAGCCAACUCCUUUGAAAGUUGAGUUUCCGGAUCAGGACGAUUUAGAACAGCCUUCUGUAAUCGAAGCAACUGUGACUAAGGUUGAAGUUUUGGAAGACUUCCAGAAGAAGGAACCUGUGUCCGAUAGUGAAGAUGAAGUCCCGCUGGUGAAUUUCCUUCCGAAAGGCCGUACUAGUCGACAUGUUUCACAACCCUUGUCGAAAACUUCAAAUAAGAGUACUAAGCGUAAAACACGGAAAGCAGACGGCCUGUCUUCCAACGGAGAGUCGUUACCCAUAAAAAGGGAACCAAUCGAUGGCACCGAUGACAACCUUAAUUCGACGGAAAAAGAAGGGAAAGAGCGCAAACGAAGAAUGCGUCUUGAAAUUGAAAAUGAUUCACAUAAAAGAACAAAAAUCAAACAAGAACUUUACUGCCCAUACUGCGGCGAAUCCUUCAGGGGACGAACAGCCCUCAAGCAGCACAAGGCUAAAGUUCACCCGGACAUGAAACCAAACAAAGGGCCAUUUAUUUGUGAAAUCUGUGGCAAAUCGUACGCCACGGUAGCAUCCAUGGUCGUCCACCGGGGAAGUCAUGUCGAAUAUCAGCGCUUCAAAUGCGAUGAGUGUCCGAAGGCAUUCACCUACCGAUGUUAUUUGGAGAAUCACAAACGAGCUGAACAUUUGCACGAGCGGCUGAUUUGUCCUCUUUGCGGAAAACAGUUCAAAUACAGCCAGGACCUGAAGGUGCACACCAAACAGCACGAGGAUGACAAACCAUUUAAGUGUGACCUUUGUCCAUCGGUGUUCCGUUAUCCCAGUGCGCUGCGUUGUCAUAAAGCGCUCCACGUGGAAACUAUUUUCACGUGCGACAUCUGUCAGAAAGAGUUCAAAUACGCGAACAGCUUACGAGUCCACAAGCGGCUGCACACCGGCGUCAAGCGCUUCCGGUGCGAAAUUUGUGAUCGGGAGUUCCAUACGAAGGCGCCGCUGGUACGGCACUUAGCGACUCAUUCGGUGGAACGCGAAAUGAAGUGCGUCGUCUGCGAUAAGAUCUUCUAUAAAAAAAUCGAAUUGGUAAUCCAUCAGACGAAGGAACAUCCAAACAAUCCUGUCAUAGGAAAAACUAUUAAGAUUCAUGUCUGUCCGGUAUGUGGUCAAGAGUUUACCAAGAAAAGUAAUCUGAAGUCUCACUCGUACAUUCAUGGCGAUGUAUACAAGUACAAGUGCGAUCUCUGCGAGGAUCAGAAAUUUAAACAACAUGCCGGGCUACGCCAUCAUUUGACGCAUUUUCAUAAACUUGAAAUUAGGAAGCGGCAACCGAAGGAUGAAGGUAAGGAGGGUCAAACAAACGAGGAAGUUGGCUCUACAAUUAACGCUACGCUGGCACCAGCGGUUAGCGUUUUACACAACGGUGUUGAAUUCAUGGUGCAGCGGAUUGAGUGCGAAUAGACUUUUGGAUACAAUGUGAUUUUAUAUACCGAGUUCAGCUAAAUGAAUGAAUUCAAAGCAAAAGAUACUGUUCCAAUUUAUUUUAUUCCCUCUAAGAAAGAUGAUCGUCGGAUGAAGUUC